AUGGGUUGGAUUCCAAGGACGGCUUUACAUGGCCAGUUUUCAUGGCUCACCAAGUCCUCCCCUACUUGGGUAUCUGCUCGACAUGCAUCCCUGAACUCGGCCAUUGGCCGUGGCAUUCGCAGAUCGCAGGCUGACACCGGGGAUCGUCGAAGGCCGCUGCUAGAGGAAAGUCAGCAUCGUUUGACAGGACAAGGCAACCGGCCAAAUACCAGGCAACGGCCUGGGCAAACUUUUGGGCAAAAGUCUGAGCCAAGGCUUCAGCCAAAGUCCCAGCAAAGGUUUAAGCAGAGGCCCAACCCGAGUUUAGCCGAGUUCGAUGAAGAUGAAUUCAUCCGCACUGGCAACAUCCGUCCUCUGCAAAAGCCUCAUGACGACCGAGACGACGGACGGUCAAGAUUGUCUGGAAAACGACCUGCAGCCUCCUCCGAUGAAGCCAGCGCAUCGCAAGAACCCGGACGCCGUAAAGCCCGCGACAAAAAUGCGACCAAAUUUCAUCGAGCAACAGACAGCAUGCCCGAGCGAGUCAAAGAGAAUGUCAAAGUUCCCACAUCGAUUCCAUACACGUCCCCAGCAUCAGAAUUUAUAUAUGGUACUGGUGCCAUCGAGGCAGCCUUGCGGUGUAGCCGACGCCAACUGUACAAGCUCUACCUCUACCAAGGCGCAGAUGAAGAGCUCAGUCCGGCCAAGGUGUCACUCCGGAAACUGGCAUUGUCCAAAGACAUCGGGGUCAAAAUGGCAUUUGCGGGCUGGGAUCGAUUGUUGGAUAAGAUGAGUGCAGGCCGGCCACACAAUGGCUGUAUUCUGGAGGCAUCGCCACUGCCCAAACUGCCUGUGCGCGGCCUUUGUUCUGUACCAUCCGUGACCGAGAGUCAUUUCCGAGUGGAGCUGGCACCACAGACACGGGAAGAACUCGCCGUGAAUGGCGCGAAUGACCAAAUCCCGAUUCUUCACCCAACGCCGCUGCCGUACCAGGAGCACCAAACGCAUCGGUACCCCGUCACUUUGCUCUUGGAUGGAGUUGUCGACCCAGGCAAUAUGGGCGCUAUCAUCCGGUCCGCCUACUAUCUUGGAAUCGAUGCGAUUGUUUUCGCUGGCCGCAACUCGGCCCCGUUGUCUCCAGUGACCAUCAAGGCCUCUGCCGGCGCGGCAGAGAACAUGGCACUCCUCCACGUCAAGAAUGAGGUCGACUUUAUCCAACGGUCCAAGAGCAACGGGUGGCGGUUCUAUGCGGCUGACGCGCCAAGCCCCGGCUGCACCUAUCUCGACCGUCCCUCGGUGGACAAGGAUGGCAGUGGCCAUGGCUUUGCUGUGAACCAAUCACCCAGCGUGCUCAUGAUGGGUAGCGAGGGGUCCGGAUUGAGCCCGCACAUCAAAUCCCAGGCAGAUUCGAUCGUGGGCAUCCCGGGAGCUCGACACAGUCCCGUCUUAGGUGUUCAAUCGGACCCUGCCCGCAUCGACAGCCUGAAUGUGAGUGUAGCUGCUGCGCUACUGAUGGAAACAUUCUUGCGAACUCCAUUUGCGGUCUCCAAGCCGGCGAAGAAGGAGAAGCAGAAGGAAAAGAGCAAACCCCGAAUGAAGUAA